AAUAAAUAAUAAAUUCCGUCACUCAUUGAUUUUAAAUGUGAUCUAGUAAAUCUGUAUCAUGUCGACGAAUGGGUUAAGAUGUGUGUAUUUCAUUGUCACAUUUUUGUUUGUUAUAGUGCCAACAGCAUGGGCAAGUUUUGAAGAUAUGAGAUGUAAGUGUGUUUGUCCUCGAACGUCUGCAUCCAACAGUUCUGUUACAACACAAGCAGUUUAUAUCAGUGAUAAUUUUGAUCCCAAUCUGUGUUCUUGUGAUUAUGUUGUGUCUCCCCAGAACCCUCAAGUCUCCUGUGCUAGAUGUGAAUGUAAAUAUGAAAGUAGAAAUACUACAACUAUUAAGGUGGUAGUGAUAUUUAUUAUCUGUGUGGUUUCAUUAUUAUUUGUGUACAUGUUAUUCCUGUUAUGUUUGGAUCCAUUGAUUACUCACAGACCAACGCGUUAUGUACAACAUGCUGAUGAAGAGGAUGAUCCCCAAUCUUCUUAUCUAACCUCAGUGAAUCGUCCGAUGCAGGGAGAUAGAUCUAUCAUUAACAGAGUCACGAAUGAACAGAAAAAAUGGAAAGGAACAGUACAAGAACAAAGAAGAAAUAUCUAUGAUAGACAUGCUAUGUUGAAUUAGGCAUAAUCCAUUUGUUAUUUUAUAAUAUUUAAUGAUAAUUUUAUUAUGAUAAUCAAAAAAAGUAGAAAAUUAAACAAUUUUAUCAAAAUAAUUCAAAGAGUUUCUGACAUAAUAAUAAUUCUAAAUGCUGUUAGAACAGCACUAUAUUGAAAUGUGUUUGAAAUGUGAAAUAUGUGUAGUUGUUACUCAGUUUAUUGUUAUAUGAUAUAAGAUAUUCAGACACUAUAUACAGUAUGUAUCAUAUUCAUAUUCCCUACCCAGUAACAAGCAUAAGGAUAUUAAAGCUUCUUAUUAACUUAGUUCCAUUGUAUACUGAAACAAUAAAUUAGCCGUGUAUUUAUGAAAACAAACCUGUUAGAAUUAGAAAGAGAUUAUUAUGUUGUAUAUAGUAUGUAUAUAUGGGGUUAUAUGUGUAAUUUAAUUUUAACCAUACUGAUAAUGUUAGAUGUAUGUUAGAGGGUGUGUAUGAAUUGGUUUUAUAAUAUUGUAUCAUACGUUAUAUUUAUUUCAUAAAAUAACAUUCCAAACUU